AUGGCCGCAGAGAAUGGUCUGCGAGUCGCGGACUCGUCAGACACCGAUAAUGAGCCGCAAACCCAAACCCAGCCGAAGCGAGGUGUCAUCGACUGGCUCCGUGACGACGUCAACGUUCGCCAUACAGACAUCCCCGUCCUUGCCUGCUGUUUAGUCUCCGGCUUGUGCGACAGUGUGGCAGUCAAUGCCGCCGGUGUGUUCGUCAGUAUGCAAACUGGCAACACCAUCUUCAUGGCUCUCGGCGCCUCUCGUCUGCCGGCUGGCGAGCCCCUGCUCUGGCUCAAGUCUUUGAGCUCCAUCGCCGCAUUCUGGCUCGGCUGCUUCUUCUUCUCCAAGUCUCGCCACAUCCACCCCAAGCGCCGAAGCACGCUCGCGCUCUCCUUCACUCUUCAGGCGUCCCUCAUCUUCCUCGCGGCCGCUUUCGCCCAGACUCGAGUUGUCGCCGACUUUGGCCUCGCUUCCGUCCAAGGUUCUGAGUCGAACCAUGAGUUCAAGACUUCUGAGAACCCUCUGGUGAUGGUCCCCCUCGCUCUCCUCGCUUUCCAGUUCGGAGGUCAGAUUGUCACCAGCAGGAUCCUUGGUUUCAACGAAGUCCCGACGAACGUGCUUACCAGCGUCUACUGCGAUCUCCUCUCCGACCCGAAGCUGUUCGCCCCGCUCAAGGAGAACCCCAAGAGGAACAGGAGGUUCUUGGCUGUGGUCUUGCUUGUGCUUGGAGGUAUCAUCGGCGGAUGGUUGCAGAGAAGCAGCGCCGGCAUGCCAGGAGCACUGUGGAUCUCGGGCGCCGUCAAGUUCUUUAUCGCGAUUGGCUGGAUGGGUUGGACCAGGAAGGAACCGGAGGAGAGCAAGCUCGAGAAGGGAGCUGCGUAA